UGUCCACUUUUGACAUUUAGUUUUGUAAUUUAUUUAUUAUUUGUGUGUCCGUAAAGUCAAUUUACAAUAUUUUCAGUAAAUCAGCGCACUAAAUGAAAGAAAAACAACACAAACUGCCUAAAAAUGUUACCAGCGUUGUGUUAGUAUAUUUUAGCGUGUAAUUUUUGUCGUUCGUGAUACUAAAUUCUAACGUGGCGAACAUUUACAGUUACCUAAUAAACAUGUCCCUCACAAUUCAGCAAAUUAUAACCGACGCUAAACGAUUAGCAGGGCGCCUAAAAGAAAGAGACACCAUAGCAGAUACUCUGCUGAACGAAACGAACGCAAUUACCAAAAAAAUUGAUGCCAUGAAGCAGUUUCAGGAGGAGGUUGAUCAGUUGAAUGAAGUGGCGAAUCAGAAGCCGCAUUCACAGCUAAUAGCUAACAUUCAGAAGGAAAACAGGCACUUGAGGGAGAUUCAGCAGGAGAAUCGAGAGUUGAGAGCAGCUUUAGAGGAUUACCAAACAACGUUAGAACAUAUUAUGACUAAGUAUAGGGAACACACCACUGAAGAGAUUUAUAGGACAAAGUUAGAUUUUAAGUCACUGCAGAAUAAACAGUACGAUGAAAUUAUUAAACAGCAGGCUGAGAGAAUACAGGAAAUGGCUGCAGUUAUGGAGAAAGCCGCUUUAAUUGAUGAAAAUAGAAUGGUGUGUAAUGAAGAAGUCAUCGCAAUGCUUAAAGCAGAGAAUCAGGGCCUCAGGGAAAUGUUAGGUAUAGCAUUUAAACAUGGUUCACUUAUUAAUAACAAGAUGGAAGAUAAAACCAUUCAAACUGAUACUUCUUGAAUCUUUCAUGUUUUUAUUCAAGUGUAAUAUUUUGUUUUAUUUAUUUAUGUGUUUAUAUACUUUUGCACUGUUAAUAAAGCGAUAUUCUGUAGAA